UCUACCCAUGCAUCCAUCCAUCCAUCCAUCCAUCCAUCUAUCCAUUCAUGCCUUCAUCCAUCUAUCUAUAUAUAUAUAUCCAUCCAUCCAUCCAUCCAUCCCUUUCCACAUUUCCCUUCUAUUCCGCUGCAGAAGGAUGAUGGCCAUGAUUCUGUGGGUGGCCCUAAGCCUAUGUGGCUGGCUCUCCCUCUACGCCUGGUCCUGCCAUCACUACCGAGAGCGUGCCUGCGAAUGGAGCUGCCGAUUGGUCACGUUGACUCAUGGCGUCUUCGUCACCUGCCUCUCCGGCUACAUUGGGUUUAUCGACGGUCCCUGGCCAAUGACUUACCCAGGGUACCCAAAUACGGCACUUCAGGUCCACGCCUUGUGCAUCAGUUUGGGUUACUUCCUCUUUGACCUGGGAUGGUGCGUCUACUUUAAGGCUGAAGGACCUUUGAUGUUGGUCCACCAUUCUGUCAGCAUCCUGGGCAUCAGCGCCUCCCUGGCCUUGGGCGAGUCUGCCGGCGAGGUCAACGCCGUCAUCUUUGGCAGCGAACUCACCAACCCCUUCCUGCAGGCCCGUUGGUUUCUGCGGGAGAAGGGGUUGUACCCCAGCUUGAUAGGAGACGUGGUGGACUUCCUCUUCGUGGUGCUUUUCGCAGGCGUGAGGAUCGGGGUCGGGGCUUGGCUGAUGUACUGCGUGUUGUUGUCACCCAGGCCCAGAGUCUUCAUCAAGGUUGGAGGUUUCAUCAUGUAUGCAGUGUCUUGCGUUUUCAUGGUCAGCAUUUUUAGGUUUGCCCGGCGUAAAACCAUGAAGAAAUAUCAGGCCUGGAGGGCUUGGUGGAACAAAGAGGUGGACUUGAACGCCAAUGGAUAUGUCAAGAGUCACUGACCUGAUCGUGGGUUGUUCUCCAAGAUUUAGCAUCGAUAAUUAGUUUGGUCUUGUUUGAACCACCGACAGAGUGAAGGGGCCAAGGCGGCGUUGUAGGUAGAUCACAGGACUACGUCUGGAGAAAUCCAGGGUCCACCUCCCUGCUCAACCGUGAAACUCAGUUGGAUGAGGGUGGACUUGCUGCUACCGGUACUCCGAGCCAACCCUACUUCCCAGAACUGUUGGAGGAAGAAAUGAGACAACUGCCACUGCCGAUGUCCUAAGCAAUGGGUGGAAAGGUGGAAGAUAACUACGAUCUAGAGAGAUGCAUCGGAUGUCGCAAGCCAGAAUAGAGUUGAUUCCUGUUUCAACCCAGUGCAGAUGCUCGUGCUUAGUGGGAAGGUGUUGCACACACUCGUGUUGUGGGGGACCUUUUCUAAUAACCUUUCUAUUUUUCAAAAUUAAGACAUAAUCCCAGUAACCCAGGAGUAUUUCUAAAGAGCCUCCUGGAUGGGUUGGUUGCCACUACCAAACUUUUCCUGGUUUGGAAUUUGUUUUUCCCUCUUGUUCGCUGUCCCUGAAUUAAGGGGACCAGAUGAAACAUGGGUAAGAUAUAGAAGAGCACAGUCCAUACUGUUAAAUAAUUUAGAAUGGGUUCUUCCUAGAUCGUCUUUGAAGGACAGUGAAGUUAUAGGCCAUCAAGUCUUAGCUUCCCUGGCAUUAAAUAGAUAGAGAUCUGUCUGUCUGUCUGUCUUGCUCAAUAUAUCCAUCCAUCCAUCCAUCCAUCCAUCCAUCCAUCCAUCAUCUGUCAUCUAUCUAUCUAUCUAUCUAUCUAUCUAUCUAUCUAUCUAUCUAUUUUUCCAUCCAUCCAUUUCCAUCCAACUUUUCAUCCAUCUAUGCUUUCUACCUUGUAUCCAUCCAACUUUCCAUCCAUCCAAUCUUCUAUCUAUCCAUCCUUCCACCCACCCACCCAAUCUUCUAUCCACCCACCCACAUAUCCAUCCACAUAUCCUUCCUUCCUUCCAUCCAUCCACCAUCUGUCAUCUAUCUAUCUAUCUAUCUAUCUAUCUAUCUAUCUAUCUAUCUAUCUAUUUUUCCAUCCAUCCAUUUUCCAUCCAACUUUUCAUCCAUCUAUGCUUUCUAUCUUCUAUCCAUCCAACUUUCCAUCCAUCCAUUCAAUCUUCUAUCUAUCCAUCCUUCCACCCAUCCACCCAAUCUUCUAUCCACCCACCCACCCAUCCAUCCAUCCAUCCAUCCAUCCACAUAUCCUUCCUUCCUUCCUUCCAUCCAUCCAUCCAUCCAUCCAUCCAUCCAUCCAUCCAUCCAUCCAUAUUCAUGUCUCCUUCCAGAUAUCCUCCAGAUCCCUUUCUCCAUAGCUGCCCCCUUCCAGAAGACAAACUGGGAGCUCUUCUGCAUUAUUAUCUUUUCCUUGCCAAUCCUAUUGCUGAAUCACCACAAAAUGUUUUCCGUUAUCAUCUGUACUAAGCAAAAGGAGAGUCAACUAAAGACUAACCAAAAAAAAAAGCGGGGGGUAAGAAACCAGUUUAGAGACCAGUCUGGAUUUCCAUGGGGAGAUUGCAGAAUUUAAGAGUCAUCACCUCUUCAGACAACGCAGCCUGAUUCUCCUUUCCAUGCCGGGCUGAUUUGUCUAUGGGGAAGAAAAUGGAGCUAAAUGAGUCUCCUUGGUGUGCUAGAUUUCCCAUGGAAUCUGCUUUGGUUUUCAAACAGAGGAACCUGCAAAUAUUCAUCUCAGGUGUACAUUCCAGGUAUUGAAGUAGGUUUGUUUCCUUGGCUCACCUGGCCUCUCAUCAUCUCUUCCAGGGGUGGUAUUCACUCACCCUUCGCUACCGGUUCGCAAAUGUGAGCGUGCGCAUGUGCAGAGUGUCAAAAACGGGAUGUGACGACCAGGGGUGGGUUCUACUUACCUUUACUACCAGUUCGCAACGGGAGCACUUCCGCGCAUGCGCAGAUCAUCCAUUAUGACGUCAGGGCGGGUGGGCGGGGCUUCCCGCCGCUUUUACUACCAGUUUGCAAGAACCGGACAGAACCAGGAGCAACCCACCACUGGUGAUGACGUCCCGGCGGGUGGCCGGAACCUCCCACAGCCGCCGCUACCGAUUCGCCCGAACCGGAUAAAACCGGCUGAAUCUCACCACUGAUCUCUUCCCUGCGAAAGGGCCAGGUUUGAGAGACAAGGAAGCAAGAGCGUCCAUCUUUAAAGAGAUGAGCUAUAUAUUUAUUUUAUUUAUUGACAGACGGACUGACAAAUGGUUUCCUUUGCCACAGUUUCGAUGCUGCUCUGUUCCCCAAAACUCUUUGCCUUUCCCAGACGGCGAAGGGGGUUUGGUCUUUAAAAAGGCACUAAGAGGUGUCACUAAGCGGUUAACCUGUAUACGUCUUUGGCAUUACCAUGUAACAGUGAUUCCAAUGUCCCACCAAUGAUGGGCACAGCAAAACUGUAUUAUGUUUUAUAACAAAUAACAAUAAUAAUAAAAAAAGAUUUUACGGACAUAAAA